AAAGGGCGAUUCGCAUCAUUUGCUAACGCAAUACCAUUACAUACAAUGGCCUGAUUUCGGGUGCCCUCAGAAUCCCUAUUCGCUCAUCCAUUUGAUUGAAAUCAUACGAAAACAAUACAAAACAUUGUUGUUGUCGAUGGCGGCUAAAAGAAAGACACAUAACAAGACUGCCACCAGUGAUAGGGAAGUAGUGGUCGGCGAAGAUGUGGUGGCAGAUAAUGGACUGGUGGAGGGGGAGGGUGUCGUCGCCCGGUCACCCAUUUUGGUUCACUGCAGUGCGGGUGUGGGCCGUAGCGGCACAUUCAUAGCCGUGGACCGGAUUAUGGAGAUGUUAAAGCAUUGCCCCGAUAGCGGGGGUGGGGUUCAGGUGCCCAAAGACCUAACUAUCGAUGUGUUCAACACUGUAUGCGAUAUGAGAAGGUGUCGACCAAAUAUGGUUCAGACAGAGGAUCAAUACAUUUAUAUUUACGAUUGUAUCAAAUACUUCAUCGAUAGACUUGAGGGACAAACCGCUGGUCCUACAGAUGUAACCGAUACUAGUCUUUGUGAUAUCAUUGAAAAAGGUAAUUAUCAUUUUAUCAAGUCAUUUGACUAGAUCUCUCU